UAGAGGGGGAGGUGAGGGGGAGAAGAGGGAGAGCGAGGGAGAGAGAGCCCCCACGCAAGCGCGUAAAAAAAGGAGCUUGGAGCUUUUCUGUGGAGUGUCUAUUUCACAUAUGAAGCCAGACUGAUGCGAGUUUUUUUAGGGGUCCUGUCGGCUCGGUGCACGGAGCAGAUAUUCUGGACGAUGAUUGGAUCAGAAAGGACACACAGAAAUCAUCGUUGACUGCAAACACCGCGCAAUUUUGACGCUACUGCGUUGCGCGUCGUUUUGUUAUUUCCCCUCCCGGUGCAAAUCACUAUCUCGUCUGAAUUUAAGGCUUCGAAAAAGUGCUAUCAGCCUGUUGUUGGGGGAAUGGUAGGAGGCGGAGGAGAGGGAAUAAGGGGCUGCUGUGCUUUUUUUGGGGGGGUGGCAACGCCGGACGGAACCCGGGAAGGUGUACUGAUGUGCGAAUGUCUGUGAGUCUCAUGAGAAAUAUUCACGUCCAUGCAAGAAAUGGCCUAGUUACAAAAAAAAACAGAGGAUACUAGAGGGACUUGACCGACGUCAUCUUCGGAAAUGCGCCGCUGUCUUCUGAAGGUGAAAUUGGCUUCCUGACUGCAACAUUGGACACAUCAAAAGACCUAAAAGGAAGACAGAUGAGCCUACAGUUUCAAUCUGAGAAUGCUACCAAAACCACCAGAGCACCAUGCCACCCAAGGAAAACUAUUAAUCUGUACCCUUGCAAAAAUCCUGGUUUUGCCUUUGCUCUCCUUCAUGACUGUGAAUCUGUGAUUAUCAAGCCAAUGUCUUACUGAGAUGACUAAAGGAGCUUUUAUUUUGGACAUGUUGUUUUUUCCUCUCAGUGCUGUCAGCCACCAAGGCUUUGGUGGAAAACGUCAACGUAGCCAUCAACGAAAUGUUAACCCCUUUCCGGUUUGGCUGAUAGGGCUCAUACUACACUUGACCCUCUCCUCGUGUCAGCGAGUCGAUAAAAACCCAAUAGUAUCCACAGGCUACGGAAAGAUACGCGGUGUCAAAAAGGAGCUCAACAACGAGAUCUUGGGCCCCGUGGAACAUUAUUUGGGAGUACCCUAUGCCACCGCCCCCAUCGGCGAGCGACGCUUCCAGCCGCCCGAGGCUCCGGGCUCCUGGCAGGAGAUCCGAAACGCCACCCGAUUUGCGCCCGUGUGUCCCCAGAAUGUGCACGGUGUGUUACCUGAGAUCAUGCUGCCUGUGUGGUUUACAGACAAUCUGGAUGUUGCGGCCACCUAUGUUCAGAAUCAAAGUGAGGACUGCCUUUACCUCAACAUCUACGUACCUACAGAGGAUGGUCCGCUCACGAAAAAGCAGGAUGAAUCCACAAUGAACAGACCAAGGGAUGAAGAUAUUCGUGAUAGACGUAAGAAGCCAGUGAUGUUGUUCAUCCAUGGCGGCUCCUACAUGGAAGGCUCGGGGAACAUGUUUGAUGGCAGCGUCCUUGCAGCAUAUGGAAAUGUCAUUGUGGUCACCAUGAACUAUCGACUGGGCGUCCUUGGCUUUUUGAGCACAGGGAACCAGUCUGCCAAGGGGAACUAUGGUUUGUUGGAUCAGAUCCAGGCGCUGCGCUGGCUCAAAGAAAACAUUGGCCACUUUGGAGGUGAUCCGGAGAGAAUCACCAUCUUUGGCUCGGGAGCUGGUGCUACCUGUGUGAACCUUCUCAUCCUCUCUCACCACUCUGAAGGUUUGUUUCAAAGGGCCAUUGCUCAGAGUGGCUCGGCCAUUUCCAGCUGGUCGGUCAACUACCGACCUGUCAUGUACACCAAGAUUCUGGCCAAGAAGGUUGGUUGCACUCUUCGUGAUAUGGCGGAGUUGGUGGACUGCUUGAGGAAGAAGAGUUUCAGGGAGCUUGUGGACCAAGACAUACAGCCUGCACGCUAUCACAUUGCCUUUGGACCUGUAGUAGAUGGUGAUGUGGUUCCAGAUGACCCAGAGAUUCUAAUGCAGCAGGGUGAGUUCCUGAACUAUGACAUAUUGCUGGGCGUAAACCAAGGAGAAGGCCUGAAGUUUGUUGAUGACAAUGAAGGAGAAGAUGGAAUAUCUGCGCCUUCGUUUGACUACACCAUCUCUAACUUUGUCGAUAAUCUUUACGGAUAUCCUGAUGGUAAAGAUAUACUAAGGGAAACCAUAAAGUUCAUGUAUACAGACUGGGCCGACCGGGACAACAGUGACAUGCGUAGGAAGACCCUCUUGGCUCUCUUCACAGACCAUCAAUGGGUGGCUCCAGCUGUGGCCACGGCCAAAUUGCAUGCAGAAUUCCAGUCUCCCGUUUUCUUCUACACUUUCCACCACCACUGUCAGACCGAAGCAAGGCCUGAUUGGGCUGAUGCAGCCCAUGGUGAUGAGAUACCCUAUGUGUUUGGAAUUCCCAUGGUUGGCGCCACUGACCUAUUCCCAUGUAACUUCUCCAAGAAUGAUGUGAUGCUCAGUGCUGUGGUCAUGACGUACUGGACGAACUUUGCCAAGACGGGUGAUCCUAACCUGCCAGUUCCCCAGGAUACCACGUUCAUCCACACCAAGCCCAAUCGGUUUGAGGAAGUCAUCUGGACCAAGUUCAGCUCCAAAGACAAACAGUACUUGCACAUCGGCCUCAAGCCACGUGUCAGAGACAACUAUCGAGCCAACAAGGUUGCCUUCUGGCUAGAGUUGGUACCGCAUCUCCACAGCCUCCACAAGCAAAUGAUGGGUACCAUCACGACACCGCCACCACCUGGAAGGAACCGCGAUAGGUCAACCACACCCCGGGUACCCUCAGGUAUCUCCACCUAUCCGCCUGAGCCGGACGGUUCGGAGAGACCCCGUAACACUCCCUUCCCUCCUGAGACGAGGGACUAUUCCACCGAGCUAAGCGUGACUGUGGCGGUGGGCGCGUCUCUCCUUUUCCUCAACGUGUUGGCCUUUGCUGCACUCUACUACAAACGAGACAAGCGCCACGAACUCAUGCAGAGGCGUCAUCGUCGCCUGUCCCCGCAGCGCGGCGCCACGAUGGGCAUGGGCUUGGGCGUGGGCAUCGGAGUAGUAGGGGCCCCGCCGCACAACGACUUGGCCCUUAGCCAGGAGGAGGAGCUGAUGUCGCUACAGAUGAAGCAGCAAAGAGGGGAGCUGGAGCAUGGCACACCUCUCCCUUCCCGCGGCAUUCAUGGUGACCUGGAACCUUUGCGGCCCCCGGUGUGCCCGCCUGACUACACGCUGGCGCUCCGUCGGGCGCCGGAGGAUGUGCCGCUCAUGACGGCCAACACCAUCACCAUGAUCCCCAGCACCAUCAGCAGUAUCCAGCCCCUCCAUCCCUUCAACACGUACCCUCCCGUCCCAGCCCCCUCCACUACACCCGUCCCCAGUCACAGCAACAAUGCCUUGCCACACCAACACUCCACUACUCGUGUAUAGGACCCAGCACAACCUCUGCGGCCCCAUUUUGGGACCACACCAUACAUCGUCACCCUCAUCACCCCCUACUCUUCUGUACUAGGUCUUUUUCAUUAAGCCCUUGAAUAAAGCUGCAGUUUGUAAGAUUUUAAGCAGUGACAAAUACCUCUAUAAAAUGUAAUCACUGGUCAAGGUUGGGUUGACUGUGAUUGCUGAGAGACAAGCAAUCUAGUACGUAUACAACUACCAUUGUGUGUCAAAAUCUUAUUCUUCCGCUUGCUUUAUUCACUCAGCCAGCGCUCAAGGACUCAAGCAUCAUCAAAGUACAAAAUGUUCAGCUGAUUAUUUCCUCAGUCCAAAUUUUGUCCCAAAUGUACCAAGGCUUUUUUUUUUGUGUUAGAAAAUCAUAGGUGAACUAAGGACACGAAAAGCAAUGAGGUGGCAAUGAUGCUGUGGCAUUGCAUUUAAGCAUUUAGUAGGCAUCAAAUCAGAUUGCUCUGAUGUCAACCUUGCACCGCUUACAGCCCAUUGGGCAUGUAUUUUCAUGGUAUUUGAGGAUCAUUAGGAUGCGCAGUGAUACAGUACAUCAACUAGUGUUCCACGCCUCAAUUCAUUUCUUUCAUCGGCAUGUUAGCUCAACUUCUACUAAUUCAAACAGUUAAUAGCAUAGUCAUUUCUCAUCACAUUCUAAUUUAAUAAAAGAAAACAACUGAAGCUUAGUUUUCUUUUCCUUCAGCUCCAAAUCUGAUGGAAAUUUUAGAAAGGUGAAAUGAGUGGAAUCGCUCCAAGGUUAAAGCACUUUUUAAACAUCUUAACAGAUUUCUCUGAGGUCAACUCACUACCACUCACCUCUUAGGAGGCAUGUUGAUUGGUAAAAGCGGCUCAGAAAAUGAAUGAAUGAAUUUGAAGAUGUGAUCUGAUGUUGAUGUGAGACCAGCAGAUUACGUUCUUUGUGAAAUCAGUUUAGCGUUCACAUUGUAUAUCGUAGCUUCUGGUUUUCAUUCUACCGUGCUAAACAAUUGUCAAUGCAAACCAAUUCCUAUUGAACAAGCUCAGUCGGAUAAGUGUUGUUGCUUUUUUUUUUUUUUUUUUAACUUAUUUUCUAUUUUCUUUCUUAUACAGGUAGUUCCCGGGUUACAACAUACCCGACUUAAUGUAAUAACGUUUUAAUAAAAAUAAUAAUAAUGUUUAUUAUAUUAUAUUUAUUAUUAUAAUUAAUAAUGUAAUAACGGUGACUUCAUUUUGUGAUGUUAUAAAUGUACUUAUAAAGCUAGUUAUAAAUAUUUAAAUUCAUAUUUAUUUUAGUUUCAUUCAGCAAGUGUUGAUGUCAUUAGCCGCUAAAUAAAAUCAGCAAAACACAUGGGCGUCUGACAUCGACUUAGCUCCAACAUUGUGACGAGGACAGUACAAUGACAUACAAUACCUGUUUUUGGAUAGUUAUUUUGAGAUUUAGGGGGUAUCUAAGGCUACUUACAGGGUUAAUUCCAACCUACAUGGAUGUUAGGGUUACAUCGCUAGCGUUCAAGUCGUUCGUAACACGGGGACUACCUGUAUUUUUUUUGUAUUGCACCGAUACCGAUACUACUGUAGUAUAGAUACAGCACUAAAUUGACGUCAUUGGAAUCAGGUGUGUUCUUUUCAAAAUCUAGUUCCCAAACACUGGUCACCCUCACUAAGAUGGCUGCCAGCUACACACACUGCUGCAAAAAUGUGCUUGUCGCCCUUCCCAAGAUGAUGUUACAGUCCAGUCGUUAACACUAGUAAACGUCCAAUCCAUUUGAAGUGGGAGGGUGGCAAUAAAUGAACGUUCAUGGCAGACAAUGAGUUAAGCAGUGUAUGACCAAGCCAUGACUGCAAUUACGUAACAGUCAAGUGAGUAUGCAGUAAUUUAGUAUGAAUAGAAUAAUAAUAAUAAGAAAACGUGGUGUCGGUACAGCAUUGGCUGAUACCACACAGCCAGUUGUCGGAAUCGGUAUCGGGAGCCAAAAUAUGGAAACGUGCAACAUUACUUUUUCCCCCCGAAUUUUUCCCUACAUCUACUUCAUACAAUUUUAGUCUGUCAAUCAAUGCCAUUUUCAGCUUGGUGAAAGCGCCUCUCCGCAAUAUAUUCCUUUUAAAACUCCAUGUGGUCAUCUAUAAACUAUAGUUCAGAGAAUCACUGAGCCAAAUAUAGUUUGUGACACAUUGUGCAUUACCGCACAUCUUCGUGGGUUUGAGAAAGGUCAAAGAAAUGUAUUCAUUUAGCAAGUGGAAUACAUUAGCUUUCCUGGAGAUAGUACAUGCCCAAACACUCAAUCUUUCACAAGCCAGUGGUUUCUUGAAAUUUACAAAUUGCAGCUUUAAGGCCUAAUCUGGAAGUGAGACAUGCUUCUGGAUGUUAACACAUUGGCUGCUACUGAUGGCGCUAGACAUCCAAUCCAUUUGAGGUGGGAGGGUUGGCAGCAAAUGGAAGCACCCUACCCUCCCCUCUUCAAAUGGAUAGGACAUCUACUAGUGAUAAACUCCUUUAUGGAUUAAACGGAUUUGUCAUGUUGACAUUUCCAGAUUGGGUCCUCAACUUUAGCAAAUCAUAUUCAGUCUUUGAGAUGCAACCUGGAAAUCAGGCUGGCUAUUAUACUCAUUUAAUCUCUUCCACAGUGGCUCCGCUCAUGUGGAUUUAUUUGUUUUUCUUUAAUUAUGUGUGUCUCUACAGCCACCCCAACAUACACACACACACACACGCAUACAAACCACCAAGCCAUUUCACUCUGUUUCUUUGCUUGCCUCAUCUCAUCUGCCCCCUCUUUCAUUUUAUUAAUCCAUUAACAUAAUGGAUCUUUGCUCAAUCAUGCGAUCCCAUCAAGACUCAUUUUCCCUUUUGGAGUCUUUUAUACAAAAACACAAAUGUAAAUGAUGUAUUAUUAACAAAUUGUAAGGAUAUGAACGGGGGGAAAGAUAUUCUGAUAUCUCAUUUUUACCAGCAUUCUUGGUGCCAAGUACUGUGAAAAAAAAAGUUCCUCUCUCGCUGGCAUCCAGUGGACUGCCAGGAGAGGCCCAUCCUGACUGUAUUUUAGCUGAAGGAAUGACCCUCAUAAAAGUGCCAACCUGUUCUUUCUUUUUUUUCUGUUUUUUUUUUUGUUUUUUUUGGGACAAACACACACAUACAAAAAGAGCAACAUUAUCACAUUUUUCCACUGUGGCUGCCCUCUUCUUUAAGAGAACAUAGAGUCAAUGUAUCUUCAUUCAAGAAAACAUCAUGGAGUUUUCUCAAAUGUUGCAUGUCAUUCUUUCUCCACAAGGACGGAAACAUUUCCUUUUUUAUUUUUUUCAAUAUAUAUAUUUUUUUUAUGAUUUUGGCUUCAUGACUUCUCCAUCAGAAAUAUUUUUGUGAAAGUCUUAUUUGAAACUCAGCUGCACUUUGUGGUAUUUCGACAAAUAUUAUUAUUACAAGUAUAAAGAGAUGAUUAUUGUGUAAAACUAUAACAGAGAGUAAAUAUUUCCCCACUUUUUUUUUCUCCCCAAAAUCUUAAUACAGAGGCUUUUCCCCAUGACCACCGAGACUGAUCCCUCAAGCCUCUUUUUUUAUUUUGAUCUUUCUCUUAUCUUUUGCCAAUGGUGAUUUUUGCACAGUCACCGUCUUUGAAUGAUAUGAAGAAAACGCUUUAUGUUACAGGAAGUAAAAAAGAAUCUCGACAUGGCUGUAGUCUUCAUUAGGUUUGUGUAUGUGACCAACAUUAGCCACAUGCUUUACGUGUUUGAAGACUGCCUAACACUUAUCCUUUCAACUGUUUUGUUACUAUCCUCAACCAAGCGGGAGAAUGAGAUCUAUUUAUCAUCAUGAGAAUCUUGUAAAGUGCAUUUCACAUCAAUUGCACAACUGAACAUGGACAGUUCUGAAGAUAACCCAGUGACAUUUAGACUGGACUGAAUAGCAAUUCAUUGAUGUGAUGGUGAAUUAGCUUGUCAGAGCAAUCAAUGCACAGAGGAUGCAUUUUUAAAAACCUGAUUUAAAAAAAAAUCUCUCACGUCAGGCAUUACUUAUAGUACAAAUCAAGGGGGGUGGUAUUCUCUCAAUGUAAAUGUUCUGCAUCCUGUGUGCUGAGGAUAACAACACACACAAGCCCAGGACUGCCUUUGCUUACAGGACUUGGGAGGACAAAAAAAAAAAAAAAAAAAAAAGGUACAAAAACCAACACACGGACAAACUGUACAUUUUUUAAGUGUAAGAAGACAAA